CCUUCAAAAAAAAUAAUUCAGUCUUGAAAGGAUUAACGGAAAUAUGUCCACAAGCCGGCCCCUAGUCACUGUUGUCCGGGCCGGACUUCAUAAUUACGCUGCGGGAUUGAAGCUGCAGAAUCGCCUGGCGAAGACCAAUCAAAGCCUAGAUGAUUAUGCGAAAUUUCGUAACUACCUGGUGCUCCAAGAGCACGAUCCCGUCUACACCAUAGGAAUACGGACAAAAGGAUACACCGAGGCUGAUGAGGAGAGGCUGCGAAAGCUGGGGGCCGACUUCCAUCGGACGGACCGUGGUGGCUUGAUAACAUUUCAUGGCCCUGGUCAGAUAGUGGCCUAUCCGAUCCUUCACCUGCGUCAGUUCAAUCUCACAAUGCGCAACUAUGUGGGCACGCUGGAGCGCAUGGUAAUCGAAACCUGCCAGAGACUUGGCAUUCCAAACGCUAAGACAACCAUGGAUACGGGAAUCUGGGUGGGUGACUAUAAGAUCUGCGCCAUCGGCGUCCACGGUUCACGUUACGUCACUACGCAUGGAAUCGGUCUCAACUGCUGCACCGACCUUAAGUGGUUUGAACACAUAGUGCCCUGUGGCAUUGAGGGCAAGGGCGUUACUUCAUUGAGUAAAGAACUGGCUCGGCACGUCAGCACCGAAGAGGCCAGUCGGACCCUUCUUAAAAGCUUUUCCCAAAUAUUUGACUGUCGCCUGGAGGAGCAGGCAGACUCCAGAGCGUGUGAUACAAUUUAGGAUCCAAUACGUGUGUAUU